AUGCACAUCAAGGACAUGCUCGCCGAGGCCGAGAAGGGCCACCAGCCCUCCUUCUCCUUCGAGUACUUCCCUCCCAAGACGGCCCAGGGUGUCCAAAACCUCUACGACCGAAUGGACCGCAUGUACAACUUCGGCCCCAAGUUCAUCGACAUCACCUGGGGCGCUGGCGGACGCAUCGCCGAGCUCACCUGCGAAAUGGUCCUCCAGGCUCAGUCUGUCUAUGGCCUUGAGACCUGCAUGCACCUCACCUGCACCGACAUGGGCCGCGACAAAGUAAACGAUGCCCUCAAGAAAGCCUACAAGGCUGGCUGCACAAACAUCCUCGCCCUGCGUGGCGACCCGCCCCGAGACCAGGACAAGUGGACCGCCACCGACGACGGCUUCCAGUAUGCUCGCGACUUGGUCAAGCACAUUCGAGAAGCUUACGGCAACCACUUCGACAUUGGCGUCGCCGGCUAUCCCGAGGGCUGCGACGACAACAAGAACGAGGACGAGCUGCUCGACCACCUCAAGGAGAAGAUCGACAUGGGCGCCUCCUUCAUCGUCACCCAGAUGUUCUACGACGCUGACAACUUUGUCGGCUGGGUCGGCAAGGUCCGCGACCGAGGCAUCACCGCUCCCAUCCUCCCUGGCAUCAUGCCCAUUGCCACCUACGCCAGCUUCCUCCGCAGAGCCAACCAUAUGCAGUGCAAGGUCCCCAAGCACUGGUUGGACGCCCUCGAGCCCGUCAAGAACGACGACGUCGCCGUCCGCGAAAUUGGAAAGACGCUCGUCGCCAACAUGUGUCGCAAACUGCUGGCCAACGGCAUCUCCCACCUGCACUUUUACACCAUGAACCUUGCCCAGGCCACGCGCAUGGUCCUCGAGGAGCUGAGCUGGGCCCCGUGUCCCGAGAGGCCCCUGCACCACGCCCUCCCGUGGAAGCAGUCCAAGGGUCUCGGCCGGCGCGACGAAGACGUCCGUCCCAUCUUCUGGCGUAACCGCAACAAGUCCUACGUCCUCCGAACGCAGGACUGGGAUGAGUUUCCCAACGGCCGCUGGGGAGACUCGCGGUCUCCCGCCUUUGGCGAGCUCGACGCCUACGGCAUCGGCUUGACGGGCACCAAUGAGGCCAACCGCAAGAAAUGGGGCGAGCCCUCGACCAUCCGAGACCUUGCCAACACCUUUGUCCGCUACCUGGACCAGGAAAUCGACUCACUCCCGUGGAGUGAGUCACCUCUCACGGGCGAGGCCGACAUCAUCAAGCAGAAUCUCGUCGCUCUCAACAAGCGUGGGCUCUUGACCAUCAACUCGCAGCCGGCCGUCGACGGCGUCAAGUCCUCGCACUCGGUCCACGGCUGGGGCCCGUCCAACGGCUAUGUCUACCAGAAGGCCUAUCUCGAGCUGCUGGUCCCCCCGGAGACUGUCAGCGCCAUCAUCAAUCGAAUCGACGACCGGCCAUCUCUUACAUACUAUGCCAUCACCAAGGACGGCGACCUCAAGACGAAUGCUCCCUCGGACGGCCCCAACGCAGUGACUUGGGGCGUCUUCCCGGGCAAAGAAAUCGUGCAGCCCACCAUCGUGGAGAGUGUCAGUUUCCUCGCCUGGAGGGACGAGGCCUUUCGGAUCAUGAGCGAGUGGUAUCUCGUCAACAUUGUGAACAACGACUUUCACGACAACGCCGCCAUUUUCGAGCUACUAGAGGACGUUGAGGUCAAAGAUCUUGACGUUGCGCAGACUGCAUGA